GCGGAGGGAGAGAGGAGAGCCAGCGAGCGAAAUGGUCAAGUCCUCCUUAACUCCGGGCCCCCUCGCGGGCCUCACCCCUCCUCCCGGGGGCUGAGAUUGGAGAGGAAGUGGGAAGGCUCCAAUCUGUUCCUCACACCAGCGCCCUCAUGCCCCCACCCUUCUCUUCAGCUCGCGGCUUCGGCGCGCCUCACUCCCGCCCCUCGCCCCGGGAGAGGAGCGGGCGGCGCGGUAGGGCUCGCGGAGAGAGGCCGGGGGGAGCGGACAGCCUCCGCUCGGCAGCAGGAGCCCGCAGCCGCCCGCCCACAGCCGAGCCAGGCCCGAGGGCAGCCCCGGAGACCGCGGCGGCCGGAUGCGCGGGCGCGUCACUUCCGGGCGGUGUAGCGGCGGCCGCUUGGAAGAUGGCUGCGCCCUGUGGCUCGGAGCUGCCCGCCAACUCGCCGCUAAAAAUCCCGAAGAUGGAGGUGCUCUCCCCGGCUUCUCCUGGUGGCCUGAGCGACGGAAAUCCAUCGCUGUCCGACCCUUCCACGCCGCGGGGUGCCUCUCCGCUCGGGCCGGGCAGUGCGGCGGGCUCGGGGGCAGCGGCGUCCGGGGGUCUCGGGCUGGGGCUGGGGGGCCGCAGCGCCGCCUCGUCCUCGGUCUCCUUCUCCCCUGGUGGCGGCGGUGGCGGGGCUGCGGCAGCCGCCGCCGCCGCCUGCCGGGGCAUGUCGUGGACGCCGGCCGAGACGAACGCGCUCAUCGCAGUGUGGGGCAACGAGCGGCUGGUGGAAGCGCGGUACCAGCAGCUGGAGGGAGCCGGCACGGUGUUCGGCAGCAAGGCCCCUGGGCCAGCCAUGUACGAGCGCGUGUCCCGGGCCCUGGCCGAGCUGGGCUACGAGCGGACCCCGUCCCAGUGCCGGGAGCGCAUCAAGCUGGUUCGAUGCCCAGAACUGAACGCUGUGCUCCAGCUGUGGCCUCACCGGUGCUGAGUAGAAAGGAAGAGCCACCUUCAUAGCUUACAUGUGAUUCCUCUGCUUGCACAGCCCAAUACUGGAUUGACUUACUUUGGCAAGACAGCUGCACUGUGCACUGUAUUUGAUGUUACGUGUACUGUAACCCUGGGUCUUUCUCUGCAUUGCUGCCGUUCAACCCCCAAUCCUGCCAAUCUAAAACUCCUUCCUUUGUUUACCUGCCCCCCUCUCCCAUAGACCCCCCCUUACAUUCAUCCACAAUGAAUGUCAUCUUUAUUCUCUCAUUUCCUUUCACCCCAGUCUUAAACUUUAGUGAAACUUUCCCUCUGUCUAAUUAGCAGUUGUCAGCCAUCUUAACUUUCCUCCCUGCUUUGGUAAUGGGACAAUCCUUCGAGUCUUUUUCUCUGGUUCUUUUCCUGUUGGAGUCGUGAAACACUUGGCAUUUCUUCCAAACCGGAUACCUCCCAACUCCUCUGAUUUGACCACUGAUCACGUUGUUACCUAUCCUUUAGUUCUUCUUUCCAGAUUGUCUUGACUGCUCCUGACAUCUGUCCCUCCGCCUGCAUUCAAGAUACAGUAUUGUCUUCCUCCUCUUCCCCAGGGAGGAGACUGUAGUAUUGAUUUACCAUGGAAAUUUCUAGCGAUAAGGAAAGUGUUAUUCUUCUCAGUUGUGACUAGACUGGUCUUUAAUAAUUUUAAGCAAAUUCUUCCCCCACCCCUGAGAUCUUAAUUAAAAAAAAAAUGCUAGAGGUUAAAUUACCAUACAUUUCUAAGACCAGUGAGGUCAAGAAAGAAGGAAGGGCAGUGAGGUAUUUGUGUUGAGUAGGAAAUGGCCUUCCAGGAAAGCUAAACUGAGAUUCUUGUUGGGUUUGGCAUGGCUGUCUGAAAUGGGAGGUGAGAUUUUAUUUUUCCUAGAUUCUGGAGCAUUCUCUUAAUCUCAGAUUUAGAGUAGGUUUUUAAGUUGGCUUAUUUAGGACUGUUGACACAGACACACAGUCAUUUAAUUGCCUGCUUUGGUUCAUCAUCUAGAGUGUGGGAAGUGCAACUUUUUCUGAUUGGAAGGUCUCCAUAUGUUCCUUUUAUCGCUUUCUAAAGUCCCUGCAGUUCCACUGAAUUCCAUUGUCUCCUGUAGUGGUGGUCAAGUUCAUGUUUGAGUUCUCACUUUUUUUUUUUUUUUUCUAUCUUAGUUGAUGUGUCCCUAUUCAAACAGCCUGUCCUUGGAUCUGUGGAUCUUUUACUGAACCCAGAAGGUAUCUCUUAUGUGUACUUACGUCUUGAGAGAGCUAAAGUCAAUCUGGAAAUCUUUUGAACAUUAUUUCAACAUACCAAAUUCCUAUUAUCGUAUGGAUUUAGGAAUUACCAAACAUUUUUCCUGCAGGCCCCAGAUAGAUAUUUCACGUAUCAGCACAUUACACUAUUAAAGUGUAUUACAAAAGUACACUACGAAGAAAGAGAUGGCAAGAUCUCUUAGUCUUUUUUGAUGAAAUAUAGAAUGUAUCCUCUGACUGUUCUGUAUCUAAAAUCAUUAGAUAUUGCUGGUUUCCUUAUUCACAAUUAUAAGCCAAGGAAAAUUUUAAGCUCAAUUUGGUGGUUUCAAAGAAAGUAAAUCUUUUCUGUGGUUUCCCACCAUGUAUAUUGUCAAAGACUGGUGGCUUUGCUUUAUGCCCAUAUCACAUCCUGAUAAGGGUGGCACCUUUCUUCAAAGGAGCAUCAGUUUUAUUCCUUGACUUCUGAAAGACCCCUCAGUGACAGAUCCGACUGGGCUCUUUUGUGUGCUGCGUGCUUUUCUCUAGGCAGCCAGUAAGUGGUGAGCAGCCGUAUCUCCAUUUAUGGCCUUGGAAGGGUAAAAGGGACAUGGCUGGGACUCUCCAUGUACGGUCCUUGGAGGACUUGAAAAGAGUGGUUGGGGUGUUCUUGGAGGCAGAAACGAGACAUUGUGAGAUAAAAAUAAAUUGGCAGGAGAUGUUUGCAACUCAAAUUCCAGUCCCUGCAAGGAGGGCAGAGGACACUGGGAAAGGGGAGUAAAUAGAAAGUCAAAUGAGAUCUGCUGCAGGCAUUUGUCUCCUAUCAUUGGAAGGGUUGCCCUGUGACACAUUUCCCAAGUUCAUGCCUGAUUUUUUUCUAGAAAGUUUUGUGUUAUGUCGUUGUGACUGUCUUUUACAAAGAGAAAGAGAGGGAACACUUUUUUAAGGAGUGUAUUAAUCAGAAACCUCAGUUCUUUAAGGCAUCAUUGGAAGCACCAGAAGAGAUCUCUAGAAAGGGAGAAAGGCAGGUGCUUACGCAGGGGAUAGGCUGGCUGGUUUUUGGACGGGGUGAUUAAUCACUGCUCUGUUUAUGUCUGAGGAGGAUCAUCCUAUGUGUCAUGCUUUUAUUAUUCCUUUUGCCCAUCUGGAUUUCUGGCCUCCAGGGACAGAUCUGCCAAGUAUUUGACAGUGUCUUCUUGUCCUUUAUCAACCGUGAUUUAAAGAUAUGGAACCUUCAUGGAGGCUCUGUAAAGAUUAUUAGGAGUUGUUUCAGUUUGGUGAGAAUAUGCGAUAUAUUGGCUUCUGGAAAGUAAUCUCACAUUUAGGAGAAACCUACAGUCUGGCUAAUGCGUAUAAAUUAAGUCUGAGGUGAACCGGUUUUGCAGAGUUGAGUUAGAAAGUAUUUGGGAGCCAUCAGGGAAAAAGGGUCUUGUCUCUCAAGAAAAUUCUGGGUGAAGUCCAGUCAAGGAGAAGGGAGGUUAGAAGGAACAAAAGGGAGCAGAGAUGGGAUAGACACUGGACAGCACUAAACUAAAUGUGGAUGCUGGCACUAAGUCCUUGAUUUAUCCUUUAAAAUACCAUGUAAGACAGAGUUAAGGAAACUGGGCUAAUGUAUGCGUUAGAAGACCAUGAACAAAAUGGAAGGGUUGUGCACGAUAAUAAAAUCAUGCAGGUUUUCUCUGUGGACUCACAUAGUGAUUUUUAUUUGCUGUGUGGCACAAGGCAGAGAAAGAAGUGAAAUGAUACCCUGUCCACUUCACUUCCCACCCCACCCCCGCCCAAGAAGUGGAAAUUAUUGGCCUCCUUUGUUGGUUUGUGUAGCUGGCGGUUUGCGUUGGUCGAAUAGAUGAGUACUGGCUAAUCUUUCGGUGUAGGAAUGCGUGUAUCGUUUCUUGAUAGUUGUUGUUUGAGACUGGGGAUCUGUAGCAUAAUUGAUUUGACCUCCUUCAAAUUUUAGCAACUUCCCUAAAGACAGGGUCAGUUAGUAAGGACUAUGGACUUUUGUAAGUAGUAUGUUUUCCUAGCUGAUUCGUUCAGGCAAUUGUGUUUACCCUGUUUUCCUUCUUAGGAGUAAGGAAGGUUAUAUUCUUUGCUUUGGGAAAUUCUUCUUUCUGUCCUCCCUUCCCUCACUUUUUCCAAAUUCUGGGCACAAGAGCAGUUCUUUCUCUUCUGUGGCAGGUGUGCAUCCUAUUGGCUGGCUGGUAUUUCUUGUUUUCUUUUUUUUUUUCUUCCCCUUAUUCUUUUUAAAAGGGGGGUGGGGGCAUAAAAAUAUGUGUAUGGGGUACAUGCAAUAAUGUUGUAAUGUUUCUUGUUGUUUAAUGGAUGAUGAUCAAUUGCAAAAUAAUUGUUUGAACUAUAACAUGUUUGCGUAAAUGCUAAAUUAGUUUUGUUUUUUUUUCUAAUAUAAUAAUGAAUUUGAAAUCUAGCAUUCCUGUAACAAUGUGUCUGUGUUUGUCUGUCUGUGUCUGUCUAAUAGUAAUUAAUAUCUGUGGUCCGUACCUGGAAGAGGAAUACAGCUUUAAAGGAAUAACAAAAGACUUUGUGUCUUAGACCCUUCGCAGGUGUUACAGUCGGGUGAAAGAACAUGGUGUUGGGAAAAGAAAGAGCAGUUACACAUUUGAACAGUUGGAACAGGUGUUUGG